AAUGUUCCUAUCUCAAUAGAAAAAGAGAGAAACUGACAGGGUGAACUCGAUAGAACCCUAGAAAAACCUUAGAUUCGUAAAAGCUUGUUCGGAUUCAUCCGACCUCUGAUUUUGCUGAUAUUUGAUUUGCAAGAAUGGCGAAACUACGAGAUCAGGAUAUCAUAUCAAACAUCAUCAUUAGGUUGCCUGUGAAAUCGAUCUUACAGUUCAGGUGUGUAUCCAAAGCCUGGUGCAAGUUAUUGAAAGACCCUGAUUUUGUGAAAAAGCACCUGAGUCACGCAAUUGAAAUGAACAAAUUUAGUGUAAUGAUGCACCCAUGUUACGAUCUUCAUGAAAAAGCCCACGCUUUAGCUUAUGAUCCAUUUUCAUCUACAUUGAGUAACCCUGCUAGUAUAAAUUAUCCUUUGGCAAGAACAUUUUGGGGAACUUGUAAUGGCUUGAUUUGUUUAACCACCACUAGUGAGAAGGAUGUUGUCCUUUGGAAUCCAACUACCAAGGAGUUUAAGGAAGUACCAAUAGAGUCAGCAGAUGAUUUUAGUAACUAUAAACAUGGAUUUGGUUACGGUGAUGAGAUUGAUGAUUUUAAGGUUGUAAGUUUUGUGGGGUUUGAAGAUGUUUAUUUUUCUGAAGUUCGGGUAUACACACUUAAAUCUAAUUCAUGGAGAAGGCUUGAGAACAUACCUUAUUUGCUUUGCCAUGGAGAAAUGGACAUGUCUCAAGUAAGUGUUCAUGGAGCUAUGCAUUGGUUAGCAUUAUCUGACACUGAGCCCGACAAAGUGAUAGUCUCUUUUGAUUUCAAGGAUGACAAAUUCGAUGAGAUGCCCCUACCCAGCUUUUUCCAUGAUGAAUACGCUGAAACAAAUUUGUGUCCAUUGGGAGGAUCCCUUUGCUUACAUGGUUCUAUUUACGGUUGCAUUGAUGUAUGGGAGAUGAAGGAGUUUGCAGUGACUGAAUCUUGGGUUAAACUCUUCACCAUUCCUUACCAAGCAGAUCCCAGACAGUUGGUUCCACUUCAGGUUGUCAAGAAUGGCGAGAUUUUAUUAGGAUAUGACGACAGGAAAGGUUAUCACCUGGAUUUGUAUGACCUAAAGCAUGGAACAUCCAUAAAUCUUAAGGCUUAUGCUAACUGGGGUUGGUACUUUAGUGUUACCUUUGCCUAUGUGGAGAGCCUUUUACCGCUUAAUUCAGGUACUUAUGUCGGGCAACGGGAAAUAGAAAGGAAAAGACUUCAAAGACAGGGAAUGGCGAAACUCCAAGAUAAGAACAUCUUACUGAACAUCCUUGUUAGGUUGCCCGUGAAGUCAAUCUUACGGUUCAGGUGUGUGUCGAAAGCCUGGUGCAAACUACUGGAAAACCCGAAGUUUGUGAAAAAAACACUUGAACCAUGCUAUUGAAAGGAACCUAUUCAGUGUGAUGAUGCACUCUGGUUAUGGUCUUCAUAAAAGCACCUACACUUUAGCUUAUGAUCCAUCAACAUCUACCUUGAAUAACCGUGUUAAUGUCAAUUAUCCUUGGAAACAUACAAGUGAGGGAAUUAUAUUCUGGGGAACUUGCAAGGGCUUGGUUUGUGUCAGUCCUCAUGAAGAUACUUCUGUUGUCCUCUGGAAUCCAGCUACUAGAGAGUAUAAAAAAGUACCUGAAGCACAAAUUGAGUCGUGCCCUGAUGACAUUAUUAGUUACUUCACAUAUGGAUUUGGAUAUGAUGAUCAGCUUGAUGAUUUUAAGGUGGUAUGCAUUGCUGGUUUUGAAGGUGAAAGUUGUUGCGAAGUUCAGGUAUAUACAUUAGGUUCUGAC